CAUUCUUGGUCCACAACCACAGGGAGGUCAUGGGAAACGCACAGAGCGGAGGGAUUCCCAGAGAGAUCCUGGACGACCUCAAGCUGACCACCAGGUUCUCAGAGUCUGAGAUAACCCAGUGGUAUGAGAACUUCCAGAAGCAGUGUCCUACAGGUCGCAUCUCGCUACAGCAGUUUGAGGAGAUCUACGCGAAAUUCUUCCCUGAAAGUGAUGCCAAAACUUAUGCCCAGCACGUUUUUCGGUCCUUUGACACCAAUGAUGAUGGGACACUAGAUUUUAAAGAGUAUGUUGUCGCACUUCACAUGACCUCCUCGGGCAAGUCCACCUUGAAGCUGGAGUGGGCCUUCUCACUGUUUGAUGUGGACAAGAAUGGUUACGUCACAAAACCUGAAGUGGUUGAACUCAGCCAGGCGAUUUUCAAUCUCAUACCAAAAGCGAAGCAGGCAAGUCUUCCCAGUGAUGAGAACACGCCGGAGAAGAGAGCAGAGAAACUCUGGGCCGUCUUUGAGAAAAAGGACAACGAACGAGUCGCAGAGGGAGAGUUCAUCGAGGCCAUUCAGUCAAACGACAUGGCCCUGCGUCUCAUUCAGUACGACCAUAAAUGACCCAACACGACCGCGUUCAUGCACACAGUGGUUUUGUCAUGCUUGACUUCCUGCGCAUUUGUUGUAUAUUAAUUGUUUUCAUUAAACAUUCGCCAUGCUUAACUCGUGUGUCACCAUUGUGUUCUGCUAGUUUAACAUGUUUUUAUUAAAGCAACUGUAAGGUUUUUUUUACAUUGAAAUGUCCGUUUCAAAAUCAUUCCGAUGGUACACUCACAUAUAAUAAGAUAAAAGGCUCCUGUUUCCCACACUCCCAUGAUUUAUGUCAGCAACAAAUGCACAUGUAGAUGAAUGUCUGCUGUAAUAGUUUUUUUUGUACGUGGCAUCAUUGUUGUGGCGUGAAAUACAGCUGGAGGCAAGGAAGUGAUUUUCUGUAAAGGAAUCUAGCAGAAUCUCAAUGACUAUGUUUUGGAUUAUGAUUAUGCUCAAAUUGGUCUGAGGAUCCACAAAGUGUACGAAAAUUAGUUGGGUAUUUGAAAUUAGGGGUGAAAAGGCUGAAAAUUGACUGGGAAAAAGGCUAAAAAAAGUUGUAUGAAAUUAAUUCAUAUACGAUAUAAUAAUAUAUCAAGAUCAAAGUCCCUUUCAAAUCCUCUUCAGAUCUUUUGGAAAGGAAGUUUUGGUUUUAAACAAAGAACCAUUUACUAGUCAAAAGAUCUAUAAUCUCUUUCUUAGAUUUUUAUCAUUUUGAAGCACCUUUCUUUAUGGAACCAUUUAGACAAAAAGGUUCUUCUAUGGCAUUGUUAAGCGUUUUCAACAAUGUAGUUGAAAAUUCGCUCAUCUUCAUUACAAAAGCAUUGUGAGUUUCUGUGUAUACCUUUCUCUUGUUAUAGUGUCUAAACCAGCAGAGUACGUACUUUCCUCCAUCUCAUCCAUUCUGCUUUUCACUUCCUGACCUCCGUCUGAAUCUCGAGCGUCUUCAGACUCACAUUAACGCAACAGCGAAGUCUUCUCAUUUAACUGCAGGGGGGCUCCAAAAUCAAACCCCAAACUACAUACAGUUGCUUUAAGUAAAAGAUACCAGUUUAAUAUAAUAGUUGAAAUAUUCUAUUCUGUUCUGUAUGUUUGAUUUCUGUCAUGCAUUUAUUGAAUUAGAGUUUUGUCUGGCACAUAGACUUACCUUAUAUCUCCAGUAGUCUGUUUAUAGAUCGUUCAGUUGAUGUAUGCCGUUAUUUAAUUAUUCUCUAAUUAUGGUGUCAUUUCACUGUAUGUAAAUUCAAAACAAUCUUCUUAUGGUUUAUAUUUGCACUAUGUUACAGUGUGUUAUUGCAAAAAAGUUAUGAUUUUUUUCUCCAAACAGCAUAUUCAACGCGAGUUAUUGAUCGAAUGGAACAUUAUUAGUAACACAUGCAAUUAAGUGUAUGCUUUUACCAUAACUUGACUAUGUGUGAACAUUGAACUUGCUUAAAAACAUGCAAAAAAAUCAUCUCUCCCCUCUUUGUUUCGUGAUUCUGACUUUC